UUUGAAAAAUAAUAUUAGAAUGUCAGCAAACAAAAAGAAGAAUUUAACAGCGGCUGAAGCUGAUAGCUCCAGUGAAGAUGAGGAUGUUAAAAACGAUGAAGAAGAGGAAGAUGAGGAUAUGGAAAGUGACGACAGCGAUGGAAUGGAUUCUGAUUCGUUCCAAGAGAAUGAGGAGCUGCAAAUAGAAUUUGAGGGACGCACACCAGUAGAUCCAGAUGCGGAGGGCAUUUCACAAUUGCUGAAGCGCCUUCUUCCGUGUGCACAGAUCAAUUGUAAUCAGCUGGCUGAACUUCUCAUAGCGCAAAAUUUUGUGGGCAGCGUCAUAUGCCAGUGCAUGGAUGAUGACCUCGAUAGUGAAAUGGAGGACAUGGUCGAGGAGGGCACCAUCUUUGGCAUCACAUCUGUGGUGAAUCUAACGGCUAAAAAGGAUAAGCCCGUUAUAGAACAGCUGCGUAAAUACAUAACACAGCGCGCCGAGAUGAGUGCCACAAAACAGGUGCAAGAGCAGCUAAAAAAUCUGCUUGACAACGAACAACGACACGUUGGCCUUCUGAUCAACGAACGCUUCAUCAACAUCCCAGCACAGAUAUCUGUGCCGCUACUGCAAAAUCUGCAUGAGGAAAUCGAAGCGGCCAAGGCCAAGAAAAUGAAGUUCAACUUUGACACGCUGCUAAUGCUGGUCAAGUUUCACCGCAAGCUGGGCAAGAAGGGCAAGCCAGACGAGGAUCAGUUCGUCAAUGCUGAAGAGGAGCUGCUGGCCGAACGCUCCAAAUUUAGUUUCGAGUUUCCGCUGAGCGUCGAAAAUGAUUCGCUAGACGACGGUCCCUUAAGGCCAUAUAGAAAACUUCUGGCGCUGGAGGCCAAGCAGCUGCCACAACUAAUUAACGAAAUAGAAACCUAUAUAAAAGAAGAAUAAAAUUUUG